CGAAGAAUCAAACACACAAGUUUGUACCGUGAAUACGAGCAGAAGCUUUUCAUAUAAGAUUAUCUCUAGCAGUUGUCUACUCGAUCCUAUGAAAUAUUGAUUUAUCUACUUUUCAGAUCGUAAUUUCAGUUUAUUGUUAUUGACACACCAUAUAGGUAUAUUAACAACGUCAAAUAAUGCACAACAGCAUAUGAUAACUAUUAUUCAGCAUUUGCAUAAGUCCAUACAACCCUCAGUUGUAAUGUCUUCAUCAACAGACUCGAGCGAUAGGAACAACAGGGAAAGUAGUAGCGACGAUGAUUAUUACUACGGCUCAUGGCGCAACGUAUUCAGUAUCGUGCAAAAAUGGAAAGCCACCUUCAACGGCGAUCGCCAUGAAAGCAUCAAAGACUUCCUCAUCUCCGUAAAAUCACAUCAGCAGCUAACCGAUCUCGGCGACUCGGAGCUGCUCGAAGCUUUACCCUGUCUGCUCACAGAACCGGCCCUCGUGUGGCACCGUCUGAUCCCCAAAGAGUGGACCAGUUGGGAGCACUUUUGCGAGGACGCUCGAAACGUGUUUCGCCACAGCGAGAAAUACAAUCUGGAGCUUUUGGAGAAAGCUCUCGCUCGAAAGCAGACCGAAGACGAAUCUGCGAUCGACUACGUAAGCGAGCUGCAUCGCUUGGCCGGCUCUGGAUGCGCGAAUCAAACUCUUGUACAGCAACAUGCUUCCAGCUCUGCAGCGCUUCGUCCCCGGUUGAGCGAGUUGGUCGAAGAACAGGAAGCUUACGAGCCUCCGCCUGCUCCGGAAGAUUCGACGGUAUACCGGAACUGGCUUACAAUCCACCGGUUGAAGGUGUACGUGGGCAGAAUGAAAUUUACACCGGAAGUAGAGGGGGACGUUUCGGGGAUGAUCGAUGAAAAAUUGAAGGAGAAAACCGGCGAUCGUCGAUCGGUUUCAGGAGUUAGCUUUAGUAGCUCAGGAGGAGCGAGGCGGUGUUAUCGUUGCGAAUAACCUGGUCAACCAAUAAGACAAGGUCACAAAAUAAAGAAGAAGAAGAGUGCACACGUUGAAUGAGGAGCGAUUGUGUUUUAUACAAAACUUUGUAUAUUAACAAUAAAAUGACGAUUUUUCAACGAUCCUGUAUAACUUGA